CUUGAUACAGCAACUGCCAGUGCUUCCAAACCAAGUCCACGGAUCUCUUGUUGCACUUUGUUGAUGAACAAUAAGAUAGCUAGCUAACCACUUGAACAGUUCAUACAGAAAAUGCUGCGAAUUAUUUGAGAAUAUCAACUUCUGACAUUUUGAUGUUGAGCCUGGCAGUUGAUAAUGGAGCAGACUCCAGGCUCUUCUUCAGGAAAAGGAUCCAAUGAACUUCCACCAAGGAUUGAUACUUUACUUCACAGGAAGAAUGUCAAGGAAAAAGAAGAGAGUUACAUUUCUAUGUUACUAAAGAAAAACAAACAUGUCAACAGAUCAUGCAUAAAAUUUUGUAAAUUAUCAGGUGUGGGAGAAUCUCCCCCUGAAAAUGCACUAUCAUCAAAUGUGUCCAGGUCUCCUUUACAUGGAAGGAACAUUAAGAAAAGUGGCUGCUUGUUCCAGCCCAGCAAGCAGGAGCCACUGUGUCUGAAAAGAGGGGUCAUUGAACCAAUUAAACACUUGUGUAAAGCCUCAAUGAUCCCCGACACAUGGAACUACAAAGGAAAGAGAGUGAAAGACGUCCGCUUCGAUGCAAAAGAGCCUGACAAUGACUGUGUUGUGAGCCACAUAAUCAGAUUGAGAGAAAAACUGGGCUGGUCCACUGAGAUUCCUGACAGGAGAAUAGCAAAAGCAUGCCCACAAAACAUACAGGAAAUCCCUGAGGAGACUAAAAAGGAUCCUGGAGAGUAUGUGUACUGUCUGAUGAGGAACAGAGGUGACCUCAAGAUCCAGCCCAACCCCUAUGAUCUUCAGGUGGUUUCUGUCCAGACAGCUAAACAGAGCUGUCAAUACUGGACCGUUAGCGCUUCAUGCAUAUUCAAGGUCAGUUCAACUAGUUCACCGUUGAAUUGGACACAAGUGUCUGUUUUGGAGGACAGAAGUGGUGAAAUCAUGUCUGUGAUAGACUGGCUUUCUGAAAGAGAACUGUUUUUCAAAAUCUUCAAGUUGCCAUUGUUUGCAAAAUUCAGAAUUUGGAAGGCAUUUACAAUCUGGAAGGUCACAGUAUGCCACUCAAAGACCAAAAAAGCUAAGGAAAUAUUAUCCAAAGGUAUUUUUUUUACUGAUGACAUCUUCUUGAGAUGUCUGGUUGAAAUCAAAGGACUUUUUGAGAUGGCCAGUGACAAGACAAGAUAUGGGGAUUCUGACGGUGCCAUUGUUUUAACAAAGUUGGAUAAAUCCACCACAUACUCCUUGAUAGGAUUCUGUGAGGCCCAGACCCAACAAUGUGCUGUAGCACUGAGACAACUUCACUGUCUUCACCACAAAGUUGCCUCUUUGAUUCGCGCAGCUUGUCUGAAGGCAGCAGAGGUCCAGGGUGCAGAGAGACUGUUCCUUCCUCUGUCCUCUCAGUCGACCAACAGGCCGCUGUAUGCUGAGGUGGCUGAGUGGAGGAUGCUCUUGUGUCGCUUCAGCCACUUCCUCAACAUGAUAGACAGAAUGUUUGAAGAGAUGCUCUGUGUCUUGGUCAGAUCUGCAGUUCAACUCCUUCUGUUGUUCCUCCGAGAGUCCUCUAACACUAAUGGAGUGAACGAGAGAAGACAAAAGACAAAAAAAAUGGCAAGGAUGGAUGCAAGUGGACCUUAUUUAAAUAUUAUCAAAGAGCCAACUGGUCGUAAUGCGGCGCAUAAACUUUGUUCACACAGCCAAGGCCAACCACAGCUUGUUAACAAGAUGCUACCAGAUUUUAAAAAGGAGGAGCCUAAAGAAGAGAUCCAGGCUGUAUUUGAAGUGAACGUCCUGCUUACAGUCACACCUGUGAACCAGCCAAUGACAGAUGAUGUCUCAGCCAAAGGGACAGCCACAACAGAGCUCCACUCUGAAGUUGACACAAAAGAUACGGAGAAGGAUAAAGAGGUUUCCCGUGAGGAGACUCCACGGCGUUCGCCCAGCAGACGAGUGAAGCUAACCAUCUAUCCCUGCCUUGAUGACUUCACACUGCACAUUCAACAGGUGCUACAGGGAUUUCAACAAGUCAUUGCCAAACAGACAUCCUUCAACCAAGACCCUAACCUCCUGGAUUUGCACUCGCCUCCUGUGUUUGACCUGAAACUGUCUGUUGACGAGGAGCUGGAGAAGGAAAGAGACCAACACCUCCGACCAUGGCCUGAGCUGGAGCUGUUACUGGGGACAGAUCCCGCUUUCCAAUCUGAUCUGUCGGACAUCCUCAGUACCGUCCAGCGAGGGAUGCAGGAAGUGGAGAAGCACUGUCAGAGGCUAGACAAGUUCUGUGAUAUGGUGGAGACAGCCAUGUUGACUGACAUGGAUGGGUUCUUGGCCGGGGAGAAAUGGUCUCCCCAGGAUAUCAAGGCCAUCUUGGCGGUGCACACAGAGAGCAUCAGGCUGAUGAAAAGGAUAGAGACUGAGACCCGUGUCAACAUGAUCCUGGUCAGAUGUCACCAGUACCAGUCAAACUGCCUGCUCUACCCAGAGGCUCUCAUCUUUACCAUUCACUCCAUGCUCCCCUCCAUUGUAAAGAAGAAGAACCUGGAACUGAUGGAGGUGAUCAGAGGAGCUCUUAAAAAGCUGGAUAAAGACAUUUUUACAGUGGAAGAGUUUGUUGAGCAUCUGACCUUCCUGAGUCGGAUAUCUGUGCAGAUUCCAACUCUGGAAAGACAGUAUCAGUUCCUCAUCCAGCUCUAUAGUAUGGCUAAAGAGUACCAGAUCACUAUCUCUCCUGAGGAGCUGGCUUUGUACCAGCACCUCGUCCCCAGCUUCCAGCAUCUCAAAUCCGCUGUCAUGAUCUGUGAAACCAAGAGGGAUGACAACAUCUUCAAGUUCAGCGUUGAUCUGGGCAAACACUUAAAUCAACUCAGAUUUGAGCUUGUUCUGGUUAAAAUGAAGGUGAACAAUCCCAUCCUGCUUUGCUCCUAUACGUCUCCCAAAGUGGCCAAUGAGAUCCUCCAGGCUCUCUCAGAGGAGGUGGCCAUCUACUCCAAUAAGGCAUACAGCUACACUAGCUAUGGAGAGCUCCUGAGAAACUCUUUUUCAAUGAAGAAGAUCUCCACUGUGGUCCGCAUGAAGCAGUGCCGUGGUUCUAACGCUGCCGAAGUGGAGGCAGAGCUGUCUGAGGUGGACUGUGCCCUGACGCUGAGGAAGAUGCUCUGGGGGAUGCAGAAGGAAUGGGAUAAACAGUACAGCCGUUGGAGAGCCACCACCUUCGAGCUGCUCAAUGUGGAUGAUCUGCAAAAUGAUGUCAGCCGCUUUACACAGACCAUCUACAUGUUAGAGAAAGGUUUACCUGAAAACAACAUAGUUCCCAUUCUGAAGCAGAAGGUGAUGGACUUCAAGCUUUGUCUACCCAUCAUCGUAGCUCUCAGAAACCCUUAUCUCCGUCAGAGACACUGGGAAGACAUCCAGAGCUAUAUCGGACGAUUCUUCACCAAAGAGGAUAACUUCACCCUUGGAAACCUAUUAGACAUAAAGAUUCUUCAGCAAAGUGGUUCAAUAGGGGACAUCUCCACUACUGCCACCAAUGAGGCCACUUUAGAGAGCAUCCUGUACAAAGUGAUUGACCUGUGGAGGAGCACAGAUUUCCGUCUGAUCACCCACCAGUCUGACACAUCCACGGUGAAAAUCAUCGUCUCGGCAGACGACGUCAUGGCACAGCUGGAAGAGAGUCAGACCACCAUCAUGAGCAUCAAGGCAUCCCGCUACGCUGAGCCUAUCAAGUAUCUGAUAGAUGAAUGGGAGAGGAAGCUGAACCAGUUCUCUCAUACUCUGGAGGAGUGGGUCAUGUGUCAGAAGAGAUGGCUCUACCUGGAGCCUAUCUUCUCUGCUGGAGGGAUUCAGAGGCAAGGCAGCUAUUUUAGUUUUACCUUGUGUAUGACGCUUAUUAACCUGUUUGAAAUGAAUGAACCUCAUCCUAUUAGACAGCUCCCAGCAGAGGCCAAGGUGUUCUUGCAGGUGGAUCAAUCAUGGAAGGAGAUCAUGAGGAGGACAAAUGACAGGCCUAAUGCCCUUAGAGCAGCUACCGCCCCUGGGGUCCUGGAGAUGCUGCAGGCUGGCAACGUCCACAUGGAAAAAAUACAGAAAUGUCUGGAGGAUUAUUUUGAAUCCAAAAGAACAGUUUUCGCAAGAUUCUACUUCCUCAGCAAUGAGGAACUGCUGGAUGUUCUGUCACAGAGCAAAAAUCCCAACGCCAUUCAGCCUCAUCUUGUAAAAUGCUUCAGCAACAUCCGUCACCUGGACAUCCAGGAACAUGCUACGAUUUACCAUGUGGUGGCAAGCAUACGUUCAGCCGAGGGUGAAACUGUGACCCUGCCAAAAAAUGUUCAAAUACGUGGGCCAGUGGAGCAAUGGAUGGGAAAUGUGGAAACAGCAAUGUACAACACAGUGAAAAGGCGCUUGAAGUUAGGAGUGUCAGAAUGGAAUCCUCAGAACUUUAAGAAAUGGGUCCUCUCUCACCCCGGACAGGUCGUUCUUACCGUGACCCAGAUCAUGUUCACUAAGGACUGCCAGGAAAGCUUCAGCAGUGAGAGGCAGCUGGAGAGCAUGGUGGUGGUGAAGCAGCAGGUGAUCCACAAUGUGGAGGAGCUGGCUGACCUGGUGUCCGAGCCCCUGCCCUGUCACCAGCAGGCCACCCUAGAGGCCCUGCUCACCAUCCUGGUCCACUGCAGAGACGUCCUCAGCCAUCUCCUCCAGAACCGCAUCACCAGUGUGGACGACUUCGAGUGGACAAGGCAGCUCCAUUAUGUCUGGUAUGACAGCACCUCUCUGUGUUACGUGGUCCAUGCCCAGGCUUCCUUCAUUUAUGGCUAUGAGUACCUGGGCUGUUCUCCUCGACUGGUCAUCACGCCGCUUACUGACCGAUGCUGGCUGACCCUCACUGGGGCCUUGAGCCUCCAUCUGGGGGGCGCGCCUGCCGGACCCUCUGGAACAGGCAAGACAGAGACGGUCAAGGACCUGGCCAAGGCGCUUGGAAAGUUCUGUUUAGUACUGAACUGCUCUGACAGUCUGGACUAUAAGAUGAUGGGGAAGCUGUUCUCUGGCAUGGUGCAGUCUGGUUCCUGGUGUUGUUUUGAUGAGUUUAACCGUAUCAACGUAGAGGUGUUGUCAGUCAUCGCUGCUCAGCUUCAGUCCAUUAAGGCCGCCAUGCAUAGUCACAGUUUACGGUUUAUGUUCGAGGGAAGAGAUAUCCGACUGAACGCCUCAUGUGGAUUCUUCAUCACCAUGAAUCCAGGUUGCAAAGGUCGAGUGGAUCUCCCUGAUAACCUAAAGUCCCUGUUCCGGCCCGUCUCUAUGAUGGUACCUGACUUUGACCUGAUUGCUGAGAUUAUGUUGUUCUCUGAGGGCUUCAAAUCAGCCAAAUCACUGUCCAGGAAGAUUGUCAACCUAUACCAGCUCGCCAGCAAGCAGCUGUCUCAGCAGGACCAUUAUGAUUUUGGAAUGAGAGCCAUAAAGUCAGUGCUAGUUCUCGCUGGUCAGAAGAGAAGAUUCGCAGCUCUGUCGUGUGGCCUGACACCAGAGGACGAAUACUGCGUUCUGAUCUGUGCUUUACAAAACUCGAACUUACCCAAGCUGGUUCCUGAGGACGUUCCUCUGUUUAAAAGCAUCAUGGAGGAUCUCUUCCCUGGCAUCGUCAAUCCCAAAACUAUCCAUCCUCAACUAGAGAUCGCCAUAGCUAAGGCUACAGAGAUGCUUGGAUUACAACAAUGGCCAAAUCAAGCAGAGAAGGUUACACAGCUGUAUAGCCAGAUUUUGGCUCGAGGAGGGGUGAUGUUGAUUGGUCCUACCGGAGGAGGGAAGACAACAGCGAGACUCAUCCUGCAGCACGCUCUACACCUGCUGCCCUCUCUGUCUGAAGUCCACAGGAGGACCAGCGUCUUUAUGCAGUUGGCACCGAGUUCAGAGGUCCACGUGGAAAGCUUCACCAUCAACCCCAAGUGUGUGAGCUUUGGAGAGUUGUACGGCCAGGUAGACCCCAACACUCUGGAGUGGUCAGACGGCCUGUUCGCCUCUGCAGUCAGAACCUACGCUAAAGAACUCUUCGAACAAGACAACAAGACUUCCAAAGACAGCGAGAGCAGGAACACCUCCUCUUCAGAUGUUUUGAGUGACUCCACUACACCCUUACCUCCCAGCAGUUAUCAACAUAACUUCGUGGUUGACAACUGGCGUUGGAUCAUAAUGGAUGGCCCAGUGGAUAUCCUGUGGGUCGAGAACCUGAACACCGCGUUGGACGACAACAAGACGCUGUGCCUGGUGAACGGAGAGAGGAUCAGCCUGCCAGAUGGCAUUAGGUUCCUGUUUGAAGUGGAUACUCUCAGCCAGGCCACCCCCGCUACCAUCAGCCGCUGUGCCAUGGUCUACAUGGAUCCAGUUGACCUGGGCUGGAAGCCGUACGUGAGGCGCUGGCUGUCCCAGCUGCCCAGACAGCUGAGCAGAGAGGGAAGGAACCACAUCCAGCAGCUCUUUGACAACAGCAUCACCCAGGGGCUGAACUUUGUCAAAAAGCACCAGAAGCUGCUCAACUUCCAGAUCCCGGAGAUGUCCACAGUCAUGACUGUCUGCAGCAUCCUGGGGGCUCUCAUUAACUUCAUGCAGGGGAAUGGUGGCCUGGGACUAAAUCUUGAGACAUUGUCAGAGGAAGACAUUGGGAAGACCUCUGCAGACAAUGAGUCCACAGGAAAAGGGGAGGAUAACAAAUGGUUUCUACAGAAAAACCCUGAAAAACUCAAGAUUCUUCUUGGGAAGCUGUUUGUCUUUUCAUACGCCUGGGGAGUGGGAGGAGUUCUAAACCAUGUAGAUGACUAUGAUGAUUCCCCAUCUGCUACUAAAGACAAAAGCUGUCACCUCCUCAAUGUUUCACACGCAUUCAAAAACCUGAUCCACAAGUUGUUUGAAGGCGCACCUUGCGGUGUGUCUUUACCGGCAGGGAAUCGUAUGAUCUUCAAUUACUUUGUGGAUCUACAGACAGGUGCCUUUGUUCCCUGGGAUGAGUUGGUUCCUAGCACCGAGAGUCUAAUACGCAAAGGACUGAACACAUCCUCAGGUUCUGAAUCAUUGCAGUUGGGAGGAGUCCUGGCAGAGUCUAACACAACAGAUACCACCAGCUUUCUGAGAUCAGGCCCCAUCUGCAGCAAUGAUACUGUCCGCUACUCCUUUCUAAUGAGCCUGCUGCUGCUCAACAAACAACCAGUACUUCUCACAGGGGAUUCUGGAGUUGGAAAAACCAUUCUCAUCCAAAGUAUUCUAAAGAAACUACAGGAAGACGGAGGAGAAAUGGUGAAUCAAGGGACUAUACUGGGACAAGUCUUUCUACACAACCAAGCCAAGACAGCCAGCCUGUUGGAGGAUGUUAACCUGCUGACAGCUGUGUUUGGGGGAGAUGCAGAUAAGUCUACAGGCGAUGAUUCAUUAAGUGGCUUGUUAAGCAGCAUGCCGUUUGGAGUGUUGCGCAGGAUGCGUAGUCCCAGCCAUACCUCAGAAUCCUCAGGAAUCCUGACCUGUACCCUCCAGUGCACUGCUCGUACAACCACUGCCUACAUACAGGCACACAUGUUACAAAACCUCGUCAAGAAAGGCAAAAAUAACCUUGGUGCACCCAAAAAUAAGUCGGUCUUGGUGUUUGUAGAUGAUUUGAACAUGCCAACACUUGAUAGUUAUGGCGCCCAGCCUUCCAUGGAGUUGAUUCGCCAGUUCAUCGAGCUCCAGGGAGUAUUCGAUGCCAAGACUCUCACCUGGAAGAGCAUCCAGGAUGUGACUCUGUGUGCAGCCUGUGCCCCUCCGGGUGGGGGCCGUCAGAACCUCAGCCCCCGUCUUCUCAGACACUUCUCUGUCCUGCUGCUGCCACACCCCUCUAGCAACACCAUGCAACACAUCUUCCAGGUCCAACUCGGGAAGUUCUUUGGUAUCAGAGAUUUCUCCAAGGAGGUGCGUAAAUGCAGAGAGGCCUUGGUGUCUGCCUCCAUCGCUGUCUACAUUGAGAUGUGUCAACGUAUGAUGCCCACUCCAGCCAAAUACCACUACACAUUUAACCUCCGAGACCUGUCCAAGGUGGUCCAGGGCCUGAUGCAGGCCAGCGACUCUGAGCUAAACUCAGAGGAGGCUGCAGCCUACCUGUUUUCCCACGAGACCUCCAGAGUGUUCCACGACCGCCUGGUCAACGAGCAGGACAGAGAACUGUUCUUUCAGAUACUGUCCAACGAGCUCCACAGUUACUUCAAGGUGUCCUGGCCACCAGAGGAGCUGAUGAGAGAACCCAUAGCAUUCGGAGACUUCCUGGAUAUGAGCAUCCCAACUGCUUCUAGGAUCUAUAAGCACCUGCCAGAUUUUAAGAAGAUCCAGGCUGUGCUGGAGGAGUGUCACACUAGACAUGGAAGGAAAGCCUCUCAGUUCCCCAUGGUGUUUUUCAGGGAGGCAGUGGAACACAUCACUAGAGCCGCCCGGGUUUUCAGAUUGAAGGGAGCACACAUGAUGCUGAUUGGACUGGAUGGCACAGGGAAGGAGGAGUGUGUGACUCUGGCCUGUCAUGUGUCUGGAAGCCAUCUCUACAGGCUGUCUGUCUGCCGGAACUGCAGCUACUCAGACUUCAGAGAUGACUUGAAGAGGGUGUUCAGACAGGCCGGGAUCCACCGUAAAAACACUGUGCUGCUCAUCACUGACUCAGACAUCGUCAAGGAGUCAGUCCUUGAGGAUCUGAACUGCAUUCUGAAAUAUGGAGAUGUCCCUGGCCUGUUUGACAACGAUGAGAUUGAUUCAAUCACUGUGGAUCUCAAGUCAACCAUGGAGAGCUCUAUCGGUGAAAAUAGAGAGGAGAUGUACUCUUAUUUCAUAGAGCAAGUUCAUCAGAGACUACACAUCGUCCUGGCCCUGAGCCCUGCUGGGAUGCGUCUGAGACAGUACUGUUGGGCCCACCCGGCCCUGCUCUCCUGUUGUAACAUAGACUGGUACUGUGAGUGGUCUAAAGACGCUCUGCUGCAGGUAGCCAGCAGCACCUACAUCAACUCUGACGACUUUGACUGGCUCGGACAGGUCCUGCAGAACAAGGUAGCCAGAGUGUGUGUGGAUAUCCACUACAGCUCAACCCAGAUGGCUGCUCAGUACCUGCAGGAGAUGAGAAGGCCCUACUACAUAGUCCCCAGCACUUUCAUCGAGUACAUAGACACCUUCACCAAGAUGUGUCGUUCAGAGGGGUCUAAGCUCCAUAAUGUCAGAGAUCGCUUUAGUAACGGACUCUCUAUAUUAUCUGAGGCAACAUCUCUAGUCACUGUCAUGCAAGAUGAACUGCUAGCUCUGGGCCCACAGAUAGAGGAGAAGUCAAAGGAAAUAGAGAUAUUGAUGGGUAAACUGAAAGAGGAUUCUCAAGCUGUGGAACAAGUCCGAGCCAUCACCAAAAUGGAAGAAGACAUGAUGGUGCAAGAAACACGGAUCGUUCAUGAAUAUGCAGAGGAUGCUAUGGCAGAUUUGAAUAAAGUUUUGCCUCUGCUGGAGAAAGCAGUUUCAGCUUUAGAUGCUCUGGAAAAGAGCGACAUUUCAGAAAUAAGAGUGUACACCAAGCCUCCAGAACUGGUCCUGACAGUGAUGCAUGCAGUCUGCAUCCUGCUACAGCAGAAGCCUGACUGGACUACAGCUAAACAGCUGCUAGGAGACCCUGGCUUCCUCAAGAGACUGGUCAGCCUGGACAAAGACAGCCUGCCAGAGAAGGUGUUUCUGAAGUUGAGGAGGUAUUCUAAGUGUCCUGACUUUAACCCUGCCAAGGUGGGCAUGGUGUCUAUAGCCUGUCGUUCUAUGUGCCUCUGGGUGCUGGCUUUGGAGCACUACCAUGAUGUCUACAAGAUAAUUGAGCCCAAACAGAACAAAGUUAACGUGGCUCAAGCAGCAUUGGUGAAAUCAAAAUCUAAUCUGAUGAAAAAGCAGAAAAGACUAUCAAAGAUCGAGGAGCAUCAGAAAGCUUUGGAGGACCACUACAAUGCCAGUGUGUCUGAGAGACAGGAGCUGGGGAGACGUAAAGAGAGGACCACCAACAGAGUGCAGAGAGCUGCUUCACUCAUAUCAGCCCUGUCUAAUGAAAAGGAUCGCUGGGAGAAAGCAGUGUGUGACCUGGACAACAAGCUGCAGCACAUAGUGGGUGACGUCAUGGUUUCCUCAGCGUUCAUCACGUACUGUGGACCUCUGACGGCCGACUUCCGUAAAGCCAUGGUGAAGAAGUGGCUGGACUUCUGCCACAACAUGGAGAUCCCUAUCUCUCCUCAGUACACCUUCACCUCAGCUAUGACUGAGAAGAACCAGGUGAGACACUGGCAGAACACAGGCCUGCCACCAGAUCAGAACUCCACAGAGAAUGCUUUGAUCGUGAAGAACGGUCCACACUGGCCCCUGCUGAUCGACCCCCAGGGCCAGGCCAUCAGGUGGAUAAGCUCUAUGGAGGGGGUCAGGCUCAGGAAGAUACUGGCCUCAGACCCCAACUAUAUGAAGACAGUGGAGAGGGCCAUUCGCAUGGGGGACGCUGUCCUUAUUCAGGAUGUUCUUGAGAACAUAGAUCCCUGUCUUCAGCCAAUCCUGAUCAAGAACCUUACAAUACGUGAGGGUCAAUCAUUCAUCAAAAUUGGAGACACUGAAAUUGAGUACAAUCCCAACUUUAGGCUCUACCUGGCCACCUGUCUGCCCAACCCCCACUUCCUCCCGGCAGUGUGUGUCCUGGUGAAGCUGAUCAACUUCUCGGUAGAGUACGAGUGUCUGCAGGAGCAGCUGCUGUCCAGCGCGGUGUCUCUGCAUCAGGCGGAGCUGGAGCUGCACCACAACCAGCUCCUCCACACUAUUACUGCUGACCUGUUCAGCCUUCACGAGCUGGAGAACAGGUCCCUGCUGCUGCUGCAGGACACCCAGGGACACAUAUUGGACGACCAGGACCUUGUUGAUAACCUGAAUAAGUCCAAGGUCACCUCCAAUGAGAUCUCCGUGCGAGUUGAGACAGCUAAGGACAAGGAGAAGGAGAUUGACGAGGUCCGCAAGAAGUACCUCCCUAUCGCUAACCGUGGUGCAGACCUGUACUUUGUCCUGGCCGACCUCACCCAGAUCAACUACAUGUACCAGUUCUCCCUGGACUGGUUCAAUGACAUGUAUGUGAAAGCUUUGCAAGUGGCUACGGAAGGCCAGGAGUGGCCGACCCUGGACGUGUCCAUGCCUGUGACGGGCACCCUGCGCCCGGCUGGAGCUAAAAGCCUGAGGAGGGCUGUGGUGGUGCCUGGAACAUGUGCUCCCAACAUGGGGGACUUUAACCUUCGUCUCCUCAAGAUGAUGAACGCCAUCACUGAGAGUAUAUACAAGGAAGUGUCCCUGGCCCUGUUUGUGGACCACCAGGUGGUUUUCUCCUUCCUGAUGUGUUGUAACAUCAUGAAGACCAACAAGCACAACAUGAUAGUAGGCAGCACUGAGUUCCUGCCUGCUGAAGAGUGGAAGAUAUUCCUACACUCUGCUGUGCUGGCCAGCAUGAUGGACUCAAAGAGAGCCGAGCAGGAGGAAGGGGAGUUCCUGGGAGAGCGUCCGGACUACCCGUGGCUGACAGACAGCAUGUGGGCACAGUGCCAGUACCUGUGUGCCCACCUGCCCUGCUUCGCCACCCUCUACAAGUCCAUCCAGACCAACCGUGUGCAGUGGGAACUGUUCCAGCAGGCUAGAAACCUCUAUGAGUUCCUCAGUGAGCCCUACGCUGGACACGCUGCUUCUGAUACUGAAGGAGAGUCAUCCCAGUCAGCAGCAGCCUCGAAGGACAGGCAUCUCACCAAGUGUGUCCACAUCUUCCCCUGGGAGAGCCUCUCAGGCUUCCAGAAGAUCAUUCUGGUGAAGAUCCUGAGGCCUGAGUGUCUGAACACAGCAGUGAAAGCUUUUGUCAUAGAGAAGAUGGGUUCUAAGUACCUGGAGGUUGGAAGGAUCUCCCUGAGAGAGGUGUAUGAGCGCUGCUCUGCCAACGUGCCCAUCGUAUUCCUCCUCUCCCCUGGCAUGGACCCAGCCUCCCUCGUGGUGCGUCUGGCCCAGGAGCUGAGGGGUAGCAGCCUGCACCUGGACAUGGUGUCUCUGGGUCAGGGCCAGGGCCCCAGAGCAGAGGAGCUCAUUUACAAGGCCCAGGUCCUGAAGGGCCGCUGGGUCUUCCUGCAGAACUGCCACCUGGCCGCCUCCUUCAUGCCCAGACUGCAGACUGUCGUCAACUCGUUGAAGUGGAAAGGAUCAGACCUGGACCCUCACUUCCGUCUGUGGCUGUCCUCUAAACCAGACCCAGUGUUCCCUGCCUCCAUCCUGCAGAGAGCCGUUAAGAUAGCUGUGGAGCCUCCUCGGGGUCUGAAGGAGAAGCUCCUCCACACCUUCAGUCCCAGUGGAGAGGUGACCGAGAGGAGCUUCUGUAAGAUGGACUGCAGCCCAGCCUGGAAGACUUUGCUCUUCAGCCUCUGCUUCUUCAACGCCAUCGUGCAGGAGAGGAAGAAGUACGGCCCUCUGGGGUGGAACAUACCUUAUACCUUUACAUCUUCUGACCUGGAGGUGUCCAUGCUGAACCAGGAGAGUCUCCUGUGGGCUGCGGAAGGUUCCGAGCUGCCAUGGGCGGCCCUACGCUACCUGACAGGUGAGGUGAUCUACGGAGGGCGUGUCACCGACCCCUGGGACCGCCGCUGCCUGCUUACCAUUCUCCACCGCUGCUAUACCCCCUCGGUCCUGCAGGACGGACACAGCUUCUGUCAGGCUCAGGGCUACCCUCCCUUCCCUAAAGACGCCAGCUGGCCCCAGUGUAGAGCCUACAUAGAGAACAUGCCAGACCAGGACCUGGCAGAGGUUUUUGGCAUCGACAGCAGUGCAGAGAUGGUGAUACUGCAGAACCAGACCCAGCAGCUGCUGCACACUAUCGUCAACCUGCAGCCCAGGCUCUCUGAUAGCAGCCUGCUGGUCAGAGACAGACAGUGCCAAGAUAGUGUAGUUCUGAGGAUGGCCAUGAAGAUCCUGAAGAAACUACCAGAGACAGUGGAGUUUGAUCGUGUCACAGAGAAAACACUGUUCCUCAGGGACAUCAUCGCCAAAGUCAACUUUGCGGAAUCAUCAUCUUCUGACCAGGGUGAGAGACGCACAGCCUCGGCCUCCUCUGCCCUGCUGGUGAUCCUGCGACAGGAGAUUGACCGGUUUAACUACCUCCUCUGUGUGGUGCGCUCCAGCCUCCUCUCCUUCUCUGCCUCCAUCAGAGGAGAGGUGCUGAUGAGUGAGGCUCUGGCGGAGGUCCACACUGCCCUGCUCACCAUGAUCGUACCAUCAGACUGGAAGCACUGCUCGUACGAGUCGUGCAUGGCUCUGGGUUCUUGGAUCCAGGACCUGGAACAGAGAGUGUGGUUCUUCAGAGCUUGGGCAGACAACAUCAAGAUCAACCUUAUAGAAAAGAUACCUAUGAUUAGUGGAGAAGUCUACUCUCUGAACCGUCCACCUAAGACUGACCUGCAGCAGAGCCUCAAGAACAGGAAGCCUCGCUCCUACUGGCUCUCUGGGUUCUUCUUUCCACAAGGUUUUCUGACAGCUGUUCUCCAGAACAGUGCUCGACAGAAGAACGUGCCUGUAGACUCUCUGUCUUUCACCCAUCAUGUUCAACCCGUGGAUGAGAGCUCCAGCAACUGGAGCAAAGUGGCAGACAAAACUAAACUCCUUUUUGAGGGCCCAGCUCCACCAGAUGAGGGCGUGUUGGUGUAUGGGCUGUACCUUGACGGAGCCAGCUGGGACCCGGUCUCCCACACCCUGCAGGAGCUCCAGCACAACAUCAAACACUGCCCUGUGCCCGAGAUACACUUCCUACCCUGCCGGGUAGAGGGCUCACCUUCUCAUUUAACCAUCCGAUCCACUGAACAUCACUUCAGCGUCUUACCCACCGUUCUUCAUACAGUGGUUAUAGCAUUGUCCGCAUAUUUGUCUUGGACUGUCUUCCUGUUUUUAUUGUGAACUCAUAUCACAUCCCUGUUGUCUUUGAUUGGCCAGGUCUCUGAGGAUGCUGUGGCCGUGCCUACUACAGAGUCUCCUGGGGACCUCCAGUUCUAUGACUGUCCCCUGUACCGUACCUUCAAGCGGGCAGGCUUCCUCUCCUCCUCAGGUAUCUCUACCAACUUCAUCACAGUCGUGUCUCUACCCACCUCGGAGUGUCCUACUCACUGGGUCUUCAGGGGCACUGCCCUCCUCUGCCAACCUAAUGAAUGAAACAAACUCAAUACUAACUGUUUACACUAAAGCUAUGAGUGAACUCUUUACCAACUAAUAAAGACUGUUUCAAAGUAAA